GAAGGUUAAUUCUCACUCUGCAGCCAAGACAUGCAACAAAUGCUCUCCACUGGAAGGAAGAGCUAUAAUGGUUAAGAAAAUUCAGCACUUCAACAAAGCUUUUAGAUUGUGAACCGUGUUGGUCUCUUAUUUACCAUGGCUUUUCAGGAACUCCUGAUGAAGGUUGGGGGUAUGGGGCGUUUUCAGAUAAUACAUGUUGUUCUGCUGUCCCUUCCUGUGUUCAUGCUGGCUAGCCACAAUCUUAUUCAAAACUUCACGGCGGCCAUCCCGAAACAUCGAUGUCGUAUUAAUGGUUCAUGGGAAGAGGGCAAUUUUACUGCAGAUGGGCUACAAGCUUUCCUUCCAGUGGAACCAUCAGGAGCACUCUCUAGUUGCCUAAGAUACACCAGCCCCCAGUUUCACCUGCUGAAUAGCAAUUCUACAGGUAACAUCAGUGAUACAGAAUCAUGUGAAGAUGGCUGGGUAUAUGAUUACAGUGAGUUUUCUUCAACCAUUAUAACUAAGUGGGACCUGGUCUGUACACAACGCAGAAUGAGACAACUGGCUCAAUCAAUUUAUAUGGCGGGGGUUCUAGUUGGGUCCAUUGUAUUUGGGGGUCUCUCAGACAAGUUUGGACGUAGACCAUUGAAUAUCUGGUCCCAAUUACAGAUGGCUGUUACUGGAGUGUGUUCAGCAUUUGCCCCUAACUAUAUCCUUUAUUGUGUUUUUCGCUUCUUGACGGGUGCCGCACUCUCUGGCGUAGUGCUCAACUCCUACUCGCUGAUUGUGGAAUGGAUCCCUACAGAAUCUCGUGCAAUCACGAGCACAGCCACUGGAUACUGCUAUACAAUUGGUCAACUGGUCCUGGUGGGCUUGGCAUACCUUAUCCGGGAUUGGCGUAUGCUACAGCUAGCAGCUUCCCUUCCCUUUUUCAUUUACUUUAUAUACUCAUGGUGGAUCCCAGAGUCUGGCCGUUGGCUUGUACUCACUGGAAAAUCUCAAAAAGCUAUUAAAGAGCUGAAGAAGGUGGCCAGAAUCAAUGGAUUUAAGGAAGAAGGUGAAAAGCUCACUGUAGAGUAUGUCACAGGCAACAUGCAGAGAGAAAUUAAAGCUGCACAAAAGACCACAUAUUCUGUUUUAGACCUGGUAAAGACUCCUGUAGUUAGAAGAAUAUCCUUCUGUAUAUCUUUCACCUGGUUCUCCACUAGCUUCUCUUAUUAUGGACUGGCUAUGGAUCUGCAGAAAUUUGGAUUCAGUGUCUUCAUCAUGCAGAUCAUCUUUGGGGUUGUUGACAUUCCAGCUAAAUUUAUUUCCUACUUUGUGAUGACAUAUAUUGGGCGUCGAGUCCUGCAAAGUGGUUCCAUGGUUCUAGCAGGUGUUGCAAUUUUGGUGAAUAUAUUUGUACCUCCAGAGUAUCAAGCUGUGCGAACAUCAAUGGCAGUUUUUGGAAAGGGAUGUCUGGCAGCAUCAUUCAAUUGUCUGUUUCUGUACACUGGAGAAAUGUACCCAACUGUCAUAAGACAGUCAGGAAUGGGACUUGGCACCAUGAUGGCACGGCUUGGUGGAAUUAUUGCCCCACUUGUUCAAAUGACUGCUGACUAUUAUCAACAUCUUCCACUCAUUAUAUAUGGUUGUUCUCCUAUCAUUUCUGGCAUUGCUGGCUGUUUCCUUCCAGAGACUCUCAGUGUCCCCCUUCCUGAAACAAUAGAAGAAGUGGAAAGAUCUGGUAAAUGGAAUAAGAGUGCCACUCCCAGCGAGAAGAAGAGUUUAAAAACCACAGAGUUGGAUAAAUUACAAGUUGAAGUUUAAGCUUGUGGUAUACUAUGCCAAAACUAGCUAUGGCAUAUAGAAGGUCCACAUCAUAAUAAUAUGCAGAGUACUUGUUUGCCCUGAUAUCCAACAAUAUCUUUGCCUGUGAAAAGACUAAAUGAAGACAUGCAUCGGGGACUGCAUAUCAGGACAUAUUGUGAGUGCACGUUGAUGGAUCUACGUGCCAAUCAUCCUGAAAUUCCUUGUCACCAAUAUUAAUUUGUGUAUCCAAGCUAAGACUCUUCCACUCCCACUUGUUCUUCUCUGGACAUUUUAUAAACCGGACCCAGCAAGAUCAGAAACAAAGAAAUCUACUGUCUAGAACGGUGCUUGCUUCUGAGGACUCGGUCUCUCUUCCUUGACUGCACUACAUAUACAAAGUCUAUGAGCUAACACUUUUUACUCUCAUUUGUACUCUUAGUCACUGAGGAACUGAGCACCAAAAAUGAUGAAGAAGAGAGAUCUGUGACUUUAGAGGUGAUGAUCUUGUUUUUAGCUAUGUUAGAGCACUAUAACUUUCUUAUUUAUGCCAAUGGCUCCGCACAGGGGCAGUCUUUUGCUUUGCACAAUGAUGGCAGAUGGCAAAUCAGUCUCCUUUGGCAGUUUAUGGUGGUACUAUUGACCACCAACAGUCUCCAGUAAUUCACUCCAAUGGUUGAGCUAAAUGUUCUCCACCAGUCUGUACUAAACCAAAUGCUGACAGAACAUUAAGUAAAUUGUAACUCAGCAACAAAUAGAGAUCUACCCCUUGGGUACCAAUGUUUUAUACAUUUAACAUUUGAUCCAAAAAAAAUACUGUAAUACAGUGUAGAAUAUAAUAAAGAUAUCAAAAGCAGACCUUUCCUACAUCUGAAAAAUGGUUACAUAAUAUCCAUGUCUCAAGGUGAGACUUGUGCUGCCCAAGCCAUCUGCAUAGAGCUCUGUGUAGCUCUGUUAAAUGUAAGUUUACACCUUUGUCAAUUGUUCAUACUAUAUAUAUAUAUAUAUAUAUAUA